AUUAUAAUGAAGCGUUCCGAUUUUGACGGGACUUGUGGGUAGUAAUCAUGGCCGAACCUAUGUGGCAGGAGAACGAAAGUCAACAUCAGCUAAAAAGUGGACCGUUUCUUACCAACAGUCACAUUGAAAUGUAACGAUUACUGACAAGAGGCAGACAGAAUAUUCCAGAGUGUAGAACAGAGUCACACAUAUCGGUAGCACCAAAAGCAAGAAACAGAAAAUGGCUUCUGGCAACUUUGCUCCCAUGCUGUCUUCCUCACCACCCCCAUUUGAGGAAGGCCCGUCCAUGACAGAUGAUUUCGAUGAUGACGACUUUGGGAACUUUUCAAGUGCGGCAGACUCGUUCUCUCCGGGGCAGGACGACUCCUUCACAUUCCAACCCGUCAAGGAUGGCAUCAAGGAUGGCCUGGAAAAUGGAGGAUGGGCUGCCUUUGAGAGCCAUAAGUCGGACGCAUUUCCUGUUCAGAACGGUCCGAUCUCUGCCAAGGACUCGACUGCUAACGGAUUAGAAGCUCAGGGGGGUGAUUCAAAGCCUGAGGGAUGGGGCAUGGGAACAGGUGCAAUGGCGGGAAGUGCUGUGCAGAGCACUUCGGAUGAUGACUUUGGUGAUUUUAGCAGUGUACCUUCUUCAGAAGUAAGGACAGGACAAGAAAAUGCUUCCCUACAGGAUGAAACUGUAGUGACUAAUGGAAGUCCAAGUGAAGAAAACUCAGCAUCAGCAGAGUAUGGAGAUUUCUCAGGAUCGCAGGAAACCAAAAAUUCUCUCACUGGAGACGACUGCACGUGUGAUGAAGGGGCAUCAAAUGCUGCAAAAGAGAAUUCAAGCCAUGAACGUACAGACUCACCAACAGUAGAGGAAGCAAAGAAUGUUAGACAAUCUCUGUCAGAUCGUGUUACAAAUGCCACAAGCGGUUCAGAACACACAAGUGAGGAAAAAAGUCAGGUUAAGUCAGCUGGUGCCUUUACUACACACAGUCCAGGUGAUUCUGAUAGCAGGUCUGCAGAAGCUGAAGUUGAGGGGGGCAGUGUGGGAAUUCAGGCGGAAAUGUCAGUACCAACUGUAGCUAUAGAACAGCAUGAAGGUGAACUCAAGUACACUAACUCCCAUGCUGAACAAACUGUAACUUGCCCUGAAGGAGAUAAACUAGAAGACUUAACGGGAAGUGCAUUAGACGAGGCAGAUACAGAUGAAUUUGGAGACUUUUCCAAACCCUCAUUCGGGAAACCAUUAGAUGUUAUAAAUGAGGAACUACCCUCUGAAAAGGAGGACAAUGAUGAUGGCUGGGCUAAUUUCAGAGGCCCUACCGGAGAGUUUGGUAGUUUCUCUGACUUCAGUCUGGUAGGUAAAAGACCAGAUGAUGCAAACGUAGACCUGUACAGUAAUGCCAGUGACUGGGGUUCCGCCAGCGAUUAUUCCAGACAAGACGACGAAUUCAGUGACUUUGCCUCAACUCAGGAAACGCCCCAAGAUGAAAGUUUACCCAUAGAUGCCCUCUCUGACGAAGCCUGUCCACCCGGUGACAAAAGCACCAGACAGGAUGGAGAAUUUGUUGAAUCUGAUGCUUUGGCAACACAGGUAGAAGAUUUACAAAGUAAACCUUCCGGUGACAAUGACGUAACUUCCCAAGACACCAGCAUUGUUGGGAAAAGUGCAGACAACAGCGAUAAACCAGCGUGUGGUGAUGAUGAUGGAGAGGAUGACUUUGGUGACUUCACAUCUCCUGAUCAGCCAACCUCUACUGAUACACCUGCACAAGACGUUCCUGUUCCUGUUGGAAAGUCAGAAGAUGACAGAACUGAUGACUUUGGUGAGUUUUCGGCACCAGGGCCAAAAGCAGACGACAGUGAGUUUGGUGAGUUCAGCACUGGUGACGGUAAGGAUGACUGGGCCUCUUUCUCUGGACCGUCAGACUUUGGGGAGUUCUCCCAAGGCCAGGAGAAGUCUGCUGAGGAAGAGGACACGUUUGGUUCCUUUGCCUCCACUUCAGGACCGGAGUUCGGAGACUUUGGUGGCUUCCAGCAAACCAGCUCUUCAACCAGUACUUCUAAGACUGGCCAGGCAGGUGAUGCGUUCCUGAACUGUUUCCCUGUGAAGCAGCUGGGGUCAUCAGACAUACUACUGGAGCUGCUACUGGACAUCAUCACUCAACAGUCAGCACCAGGGGAACCUGACAGCAAGGACGAGGACAACAAGACUACCCCACUGCAUCUAUGGGAUAGUCUGAAGGACAUAGACAGCACCCAUGCCCUCAGCUUCACAUGGACACAGUCACAGGAGCGGGAGAGACUACUCUGCUCUUUGGGGGUGGACACACGCAACAUUUUGUUGCCUGGAAAGAAGGCUUUACCAGCCUACGCUGCCAGCUUGGGAAUGCUGGAGCCAACCAAAGGCCCCCUGCAGCCAGUGUCUGCUGCUGAGAAGAUCACCUCUCUCACAGUGGACGAACCAGUUCAGCUCAAGGACAAUAGCAAGGAAUCUAUCCCGCCGGCAGAGUUUGACUGGGACAGUAGUGGACUCAUCAAUCCUUUAGAUGCCUCCACCAGUGGCUCUACUGUCCUAAACCUCGACUUCUUUGCAUCAAUUGACGACGACUUAGGCACGUCAAGCAAAUCACCAGCCCCACUGGACGCAGCACUGAUGGGUCUGGGCCUGGACUUGUCCCCAAGUCUCGCCCCACCCCCUGGCAGCAAACCCCAGUCUACGACGUACGAUUCUCUCCUGGCCAGCAUCAAAACCUCGGCCACCAUCACCGCCCCGCUACGGAAGGAGGACGUAGACAAGGACCUUAGUGAGGAAGCACGGGGCAUCAUGUCGCGUCUGCCUGACCUGUCCUUCAUGACGGCCAAAGUGCUGAUGUUUCCCGCCAGUCUGAGUAAAGCACAGGAGGAAACACCGAGUACAGAUAGCAGCUAGGAUACAUUAUUACUGUAAUUCCUGAUUUUUUUCGUUACUGUUAUUUUUUGUGGUCACUUACGUACCCCGAACUUAUCAUUACUGUUAACAAAUAAUUUGCCGACUUUCUUUUGUCUGCAUGUGGCGCCACUGUGAACAUAUAGUUCCAUGAACACCUCCAACUUUUACUACAGUAACUGUGAACAUAAAGUAAAUUACAGUAUUACCUGUCUUAAGGGAACUUAAAAUUAGCACUGAACAGACUGCCUUGUUCAUGACUUCAUUUGGCAUUUAUUUUAUUGUAAGAUUGUACUUCCAAGAAAGAAAAUUCCUUAUUAAUUGCUCAGACCAGGCUCAUCUUAAAGUGGCAUGCCAAGCUGCACGAGCCUAGGUUGUUAUUCCUGCUACUUGUAGUGUCGUUCUAUCUUCUCUUUGAUUGAUCUUUCUUUCUGUUUGGUGAACACAUGCUUAAAGAUAAAUGAAAAAGAAAACGCUUUAGAAGAAUAACUGAUUGGAAAAGAGGUGAUCAAUAGAGACUCCUUUCCUGGGAAAUCCUAUUUGUCACCUCAGAUGUUAUUUUUUUCACAUCUUCCAUAUGAUGAUCAUCUUUUAUUGUGAAAUUGUCUCCGGAGCAAAACCAUAGUGAUGACAAUUGGUCAUAGGUUACAAGAUUCUUGCGAACAAGCCUUGUUUGUAGCGAUGCUAGUCAUAAAUGUUUUGCAUUCUAGAGCAGCCUCCAUGCACCUGGUUAGAACAACACUUGAAGGCUUAAAUGGCUAUUUUUAGAGUGUCAAUUGCUACUCAAUGAAAUAUACUUACUACAGUGCUUAUAUAUAUAUAUAUACUGCUAAUUUCUCAUCGAAUGUCAGACUUCUCAUCGAUACUGCUGCUUUGAUGUAUUUGCUGUAAUCCUUGACAUUUGUGAGAUACUCUAUUAUUUAUGUGCAAACAAUAUUAUAACGGGAAACAAAUGUGACCUUGUAACAUGUACAUAUAUAAUUAGAUGAUUGUUAAAAGCUGUGGUGAAAAUUUUAAACAUUGGUUGGGGUUAUCUCAUGUACCCAAAGCUAAGGUACACCUUAACCUGUUGUACCUUCAUUGGAAAUGCUUGUAGAUAACUGGCAGCCCUGUCCUUGUACGUAUUUUGUCCAUUGAUAUGACCAAAGGAUGAAGAAAUGUAAAUCAGUACAAGUCAGUUUAUGUGAUUUUGUAGUCGAUGCUUAUUCUAAACAGGACUUAAGAUACCGGUAUACUGUAAAUGUACAUGUACAUUGUACAAGACAUUAUAAUUGAAUACACGUGGAUGUCUAAGAGCAAAGUUUCAGAUGCACACUAUUGUGCUAUUUAUAGUAACUAAGGAAGCGUUGGGCUUAUUUUAAGAGUAGGAACAAUAGUAAGUAGGUAGGAUGUGGAGUGCCUGUCUCCUUCCAAAUAUAGGAGGACUCAGCAAAAGUGUGCACAGUGCCAUUGUACACAGACUAUCUCAGACAAAACAAUUUUCCAAAUGAAGUUACAGUCCAGUUAAUUAUAUCCUUGGUACAAUAGUAUUUUAGAUGUGUCUGGGAUGAUUUUCUGUUUUUAAAAAAUGCAGAAAAUAUGCCAUCCUUUCUUUCUGUUCACUGAAUGUUGUUACACUCUUCCACCAUAAAACAUUGAAACAAUAAAAAUGUAAAUCUUUUAAACUUGCCGAUAAUAAACCUUAACAACAUAUGUAUUGUAUUUGUACAGUCAGUUGCUGUGGAUAUUUCAAGUUCAUUAAUUUCUGACAACCAUACCUAUUACAUGUACAUGUACAUGUACUUGAUUUAAUCUGGCUAUGAAAUGUUUAUGUCAUGUCAAUCUGAAUGAUUCUAUUCAUGUGAUUUGCCUACCUGAAAACAUCAAUUUUGGCAACAUAUAAAUACUGCCAGUGCAUUGAUAAUCAUAAUCGUUUUGUGCAAUUUAUGUAAAGAACUACAGAGAUAAAGUUUAUAUGUACUUGCUUCCCUCUACCUGCAAUGUUUUCUUCCUAAUGAGCAGGAUAGUAGCAACGCAGAUUUCUUGUAUAACAAGUGUAUUACAUCUUCAUAGUAGUUGCAUAUGGCAUAUUUAGUACAAAUGGUUGAAUUAUAAAGUGACUGAUCUGCAAACUAUAUGGAUGUAAACAUGUACUAUUGUAUUGUAGGUUUAGUUUUAGCUUUGUCCUAACAUAGUGUGAAUGGUUGUACAAUGUAAGUAGUUAAAGAAACUCAUUGUAAUAUCAUAUUCUAGACUUACAAGAACAACUAGCUACAAUUCUAUCAUCAUCAAGUAGAUGUCAGAUUUGUGUACAUGUUCUUUCUUGUACAAUGUAUAUGAUUAUUUCACCAUACAUACUAUCUCCUUUCCUUUCUGCCAUAUUAGUAAAAUUAACAGUUAAGCUUAUGUGGUAACUGCUGUCAUCUGUGCACUGUAUUGUCUUUGCUUUUUGUGUAAUGCUUGCAUGGAGAGUCACAUUUAUAUUAUUGUGCAGAAUGGGCAUUGUUUGUAAGCGUUGAAACUGUCAAAUAAUGGUGUGAGGGGAGGGCAAAAUGCUAGUAAAAAAGACACCCAAGUAUGACCAAGUGCACAUAUGAUGUAGUAUCUGGUGGAAGUACUUUGACUUCCCCGAAGAGAAAAUUAGUUGCUAUAUUGUGUAUAUACAGAAAAAAGGUGACGUGAUCUCCAUGUAUAUGAGCUUGCUAAAGUGACAACCAUUGAAUGUGAAUAAAAGCUACUGGUAUUCUUCA